CUUGACAUAUAUACCUACAAUGGCCUCAGACAAGGCCGAAAAAAAGCGCAAGCGUGCAUCAGAUCGCCAUGAACGCCCUACCAAGAAGCCGGCGCUGGAUUUGCAAAGCUUGCCUCCACUAUCCGCAAGUCUCAUAGACGACGACAGCGAGCUCGCUCCUGUACUGAUCAACACGCCCGGGGUCACGUCGUUGCCCAACAUCCGUUUGAACCCGUACUUGAAAACCCGUAGCCAUGGUGCUUCCCACCAUGCGGGCAACGAUGGAAUCGCCUCGACAGAAUUACUGCUGCAGUCCUCAGAACACCCGAAAUUAGACUUUGUCGGCCGUGAAGCGAAUGAGGAUGCGGAUUCUCAGUUGAAACAUUACGUUGCUGUUGUAGACCCCGCGAGCAAAACGUGGGAGUUUGUUGAGGUUAGACGGAUAACCCUUCGCGGCGCAGUUAGGCGGGCUGCUGAGGAGGACGAAGAGGAGGAGAGCGAGGACGAGGAGAUGAAGACAAUGCGCGAACAAAGAACGGACCUUACGUACACAUUCGGCACCAAAAAAUCACGCAAGGCGACCCAAUCCAUGGCCGAAAAUGCGCAGCUUUCGAAUGCCCCUUCGGGCGCCGCAACAGCAGCUGAAUCCGCCCUCUUGGAAUCUAUGCCCGCUGAGUCCGCUCUCGACAUUGCUGCCAAAUCCGCCGCUGUCCAGGCCGAAGUCCAAGCCGCAAAGCCCCUACCCCAGGCGAACCUCGAUGCAAAACAUCCGUCGGAAGUAUACCCUCUCGAAACACUCAUCCCCAAUGGCAAAGCUACCCUCCGCCAACUGCCCAUCAAGGAAUGGCAAGACACGAUCUCCGCGGGGCUCACAGUCGCCACAACAUCACGAUACGUUUCGUCGCGAAUCGAUGACAUUGUCGAAUCUGGGAACACGACACACCUCCAGAUUUUGCGCUUCGUGCUUGUCCUCCUCGAGCUGGCUCGUGCUCUGCGCUCCGGCAAGGGUCGCGGCAACAAGCGCCUUCCGAGUCGCGACGACCUCCGCCGCAUUCUCUCUGGAGGUUCGAAAUCCUCCUCCGACAACAGCACAGACGACCUCUCCUCUUCCCAAUCCACAAUCUCAGACCCGAUUAUCGACGGCAUCCGUCGGAAAUUUGCGCCCAGCGGCUCAACCGUUUCCAAGAACGAUAUCACACUUCUUGAAACUACUAUAUGUGCGCUGACGCUCCAUCUUCCGCCUCAGCCUGUUAAGGAUGGUAUCCCCACGCCUAACGGUGGUAAUGCGCCCAAUGAGAUGGCGACGGAUCCUUCGGACCUACGUGAUGAUCUGCAGCUCGAUAAUGCGAAGAUCACGCAGUAUUUCAGGGAGUUGGGAUGUCGGGUUGAUAAGCCAAGGGAGACGGAAUUUGCGAAAUUCGGUAUUCGGGGUGGGAAGGCCGAGGCUGCCACGAGGAGGGUUGCGCGUCUGAGGAUUCCCGUCGAGUUUCCCAAAGUUAGUCGGGCUGGGGGGAGUAGGAGGUAG